AUGGACGACGAAGGUGCUCUCUACGUCACUGACGUAAAGAAACAUGAAGUACGACGAUAUGCCAGAGGAAGCACCACCGGCACGCGCGUAGCUGGUGCAAACAGAGGCGGAGAUGGUCUCCAUCAACUAAAUAACUCUCAAAAUGUGGCAGUGGAUAGUGAAGGCACGGUCUACGUGUCAGACACUAACAAUCAUCGUGUGAUGAAAUGGAUGAAAGGGGCGAAAGAAGGCAUCCGCGUAGCGGGUAGCGGAGAAGCAGGUGGUGAAUUAUAUCAAUUAAAAGAGCCCACUGAUCUCCUCUUAGACAAGAAGAACAAUUCCAUCAUCAUCUGCGAUUUCGGAAAUAGACGUGUGAUGGAAUGGUCUCUUCAAAGUGGUACAUCUAGAGGUAAAACAAUCAUUAACGUGUAUUGUUUGGGUUUGGCGAUGGACGAUGAAGGUGCUAUCCGCGUCACUGACGCAGAGGCACGUGAAGUGAGACGAUAUACCAAAGCGUACACUGAGAGUAUCGUCGUAGCUGAUAGAAACGGUGAAUUGAAUGAUUUUUAUCGACUCGGCGUGCCUCACAACGUUGCAGUGGAUAGUGAAGGCACCGUCUACGUGUCAGACAGUAGGAUGCGGCGGGUGAUGAAAUGGAUGAAGGGGUUAGGCUCUGGGAUCAUCGUGGCGGGCCACGAAGUAACAGAGACACAAUUACAACUCCCCUCUGAUGUCCUGUUCGACAAACAGACCAAUUCUAUCCUUAUCUGCGACGAAGCAAAGCGACGUGUGAUGGAAUGGCCUCUUCAAAGUUUUACUACUCUAGGCGAAGGGUUCAUUGACAACAUCGACUGUGUCGGAUUGGCAAUGGACGAUGAAGGUGCUCUCUACGUCACUGACGUACGGAAACACGAAGUACGACGAUAUGCCAGAGGAAGCCCCACCGGCACGCUCGUAGCCGGCGGCAACGGAAAAGGAGAUGGUCUCCAUCAGCUAAACAACUCUCAAAACGUGGCAGUGGAUAGUGAAGGCACGGUCUACGUGUCAGACACUGACAAUCAUCGCGUGAUGAAAUGGAUGACAGGGGCGAAAGAAGGCAUCCGCGUAGCGGCUAACGGAGAAGCAGGUGGUGAAUUAUAUCAAUUAAAAGAGCCCACUGAUCUCCUCUUAGACAAGAAGAACAAUUCCAUCAUCAUCUGCGAUUUCGGAAACAGACGUGUGAUGGAAUGGUCUCUUCAAAGUGGUGCAUCCGAAGGCAAAGCAAUCAUUGACGGAGUGUAUUGUUCAGGAUUAGCAAUGAACGAUGAAGGUGCUAUCCGCGUCACUGACGCAGAGGCACGUGAAGUGAGCCUGUAUACCAAAGAGUACACUGAGAUUAUGGUCGUAGCUGGUGGAGAAGCAGGAUUGGAUGCUUGGACGAUAAUAUUCAAUCUACUCCAUCACGUCAAACCUGGUGGAAACGGAAAAUGGGAUGAACUCAAUCAGCUCAACCAGCCUCGCGGCGGAUAG